AACACACUGCGGAGAGUCUCGCGAGAAUUGCUGUGAGGAGGGGGGCGGUAGAGGCGCGGCUUGAGGUGGGAGGGGUCUGUCAAGAUGGCGUCGGAGGGCGAGCUGGGCAGGAAGUGGGAUCGUUGUCUGGCGGACUCCGCCGUCAAGCUGGGUGCUGGAUUUGGGUUAGGAAUUGUUUUCUCAGUCAUCUUCUUCAAAAGAAAGUCAUGGCCUAUUACAUUUGGGUCUGGGAUGGGGUUAGGAAUGGCUUAUUCCAAUUGUCAACAUGACUUCCAGUCUCCAUAUCUUCUCCAUGGUAAAUUUGUGAAAGAACAGUGACUAAUGACUAAGACUAUCCCAGUGGGAAGGAUGGAGAAAUCAAUGAUUAUUCCUCAGGAAUACUGAAGUGCGCCUGGAAUAAGCCAACAUUCUUCAGUAAUGAUCACCAGUAACUCUUUAUACUCCAACAAACUGUUUCUGUACAUGAAACAAAGUUCUGUUUUCUUGUUUUGUAUCUUGUGUCUGGAAAGUGCAAGGAAGAGCUCGUCUGGGAAAUAAAUAAAAGCAAAAUGGCCUUC